UCGAUGCCAAUGGCGUCUUCAACGACGCUUACACCAUGCUGUCUCAAUGGACUCCAGGUUACGGCUUUGGAUCCCUCGCGGUUCCCCCGCAUGGCCAUGCUCCCCAGAACACGUUUGCCUUUGUGGCGGAUUCACUCAACAUGAACAGAACGAAUGAGUAAUGGCAUGUCCUGGCUGGAGCUGACCAUCUUUUCCUCUCAAGACGACAAGCCCAUGCCUAUCUCGACGGAUCCCUAUGAUGCCCAACUGUUCCACCCUGCCCCAUCUUACCCAUCAUCGUAUCCUGGAGCUCGACCCCAGGCAGUCAGCGGGAAAGAAAUCGGCAUCGAUCCAGGCGUCUUAGGUGGCUUUCACAACGUUUCUACCGGUGCUCAUGUGGCAGAUGACGCAGAGACUGACCCGGCAUCCCCCGCACUUCGACCCAUCUCUCCUCAUGAGACGAUCCCUGAUCCGCCCGGCGUGCGACGAAGCUCUCGACCCAAACUCCGCCCUCGAUCCGACUCUUACCUCAACAAGCUCAGACAAUCUUCGAACAAGUCGAUUUUGGAGGAGGAUGAAGAUCACGAUGAUGAUGAUGAUGAUGAUAAAAUCAUGCGAGACGAAGCCGAUUCGCCGGAACGACUCGAACCCAUUGAUAUGGCUGAUGAGGACGAGCUUGAGCAGCUCAGAUUAUUGGAAAUGGGCGGACCGGCAAUGAAGAAAGAUAAAAGGAGACUCCAAAACAAGCUCGCCCAGAGAUCUUUCCGUGCCAGAUCGAGAAUUGUCCGACGAGAAGCCGCCAACCACCUCGCAGACGUCGAAGUGAAAACGGUCAAUCAGAUGGAAGAGCUCAAACUUCUCCGUAUCAUGGUUGAAAACCUGCGCAAAGAGAAUCUCGAACUCAAACGAAGAUUCAGUGAAGACUUCCCCAUGCCCUCUCCCACCAUCAGUAAGAGCGGCAGCGGCAGGAAACGAAAGGCCUCAGGGCCUUAGAGGUCGAUAUUCUAGCGGAACGAUUUCAAGGUACUGCCCCCUUGAUGCUCCACCUCGAUACUCAAAACAUAUACUUUAAAACGUCGUCUCAAAGACGACACAAGGCAUCAUGGCGGCCGAAACGAAGCUUGUGUAACAUCACUAUUGUGUG